GGUCAAACACUCUCAGAACCAGUCACCGAGAAGCACACCACGACGGUGAGCCGAGGGAAGAAGUACUGGGUAGGGAUCUCAGACAUGCAGGGAUGGCGUAUCAGCAUGGAAGAUUCCCACACAGUACAUCUGUACCUCCCUCCGGCGGACGCAGGAUACGUGGCGAAACACCCGGCCGAUAACAUCAAGCAGCAGCCGGCGGGAUGUACGGUGUCGAACGAUGAUGAGGACGAUGAAGGACCGGCAUUGUUUGGUGUCUUUGAUGGACAUGGUGGAUCUUCGGCGGCGAAGUUUGCAGGGACGACGAUGCACUCGAGGUUGAGGGCGUUGGACUCAUAUAAGGUUGGAGACUACAAGGAUGCGCUGAAGGAGGCGUUCUUGAAGACGGACGAAGACCUGAGAGCCGACCCCAACUUCUUCAACGACCCUUCAGGAUGCACAGCUGUUGUUGGUGUCCUCGCCAAUGGCAAAUUCACAUGCGCCAACUCUGGUGAUUCUCGAUGUGUUCUCGGAUAUCGCGGCGAGGCAAAAGCCAUGUCAUAUGACCACAAACCUACCAACAAGGAGGAGACUGCUAGAAUCACCUCGGCGGGCGGUUUCGUCGAAUUCGGCCGUGUCAACGGUAACCUCGCCCUUUCCCGCGCGCUGGGCGAUUUCGAGUUCAAGCAAAAUUUCGCCCUUGACCCAGAGAAGCAGAUCGUUACUGCCGAUCCUGAAUUUGUCGUACAUGACAUCGACGGCGAGGAGGAGUUUAUCGUUGUUGCCUGUGACGGUAUUUGGGACUGCCUCACCUCUCAGCAAGUGGUUGACUUCACGCGCCGGGCAAUUGCGAACGGAGACGAUCUCGGCAAGAUCUGCGAGGACAUGAUGGUCAAGUGCUUGGCCAAGGAAUCGGAGACGGGCGGGAUCGGAUGCGACAACAUGACUGUCGUGGUGGUUGCGCUUCUGGGCGGGCGGACAAAGGAGGAAUGGCAGGCGUGGGUCAAGGAGCGCGUGGAGAAGAAGGUCGGCCACGACACACCCGAAUCCAUCCCCGACGUGUUUGCCGCGCUGCAAACUCAGCCAACAAGCGGUAUGGGCGGAUUGACCGGCUCUGGCUUUCGCGUUGCUGGUGCUGGUGGGCUUGCAAAUAUUGCUAGCAUGCUUGGCGCCUCGAACAUAAUGUUCCGGCCGGCGGAGGAUAGCGACGACGACGAGUCGGAGGCGUCUGCUGCGGCAGGAGAGACGUCAAAGGGCGGUGCUGGUGCCGGUGAGGACAAGGGCAAACCUGCUCGAAUCCACCAGUUGGACGAUGAUGGAGAUUCUCACAUGGACUCUGACGAAGAAUCGGACGAUACUACCGCUCCCGCACCCACCUCCAACGCCGAAUCCUCGUCCGCUUCCACUGGCGUCAAGGUCUCCCCCAUCCCCCCAUCCUUCACUUCGAUCGGAUCGCCCGAGGUCCCGACACACCAGGAACUACAACAGAUGCGGAUGCCUGCCAAGGGGUCUGCGCCGGAACAGCUCAAGCCGACGCCCCAGGGCGAUCAGUAUCCGGCGGUGGCGAAGGUCGAGGGGUUGAUGGAUAAGAGCGAGGCGGCAUUAUAG